AUGGCGAAUGAUGAUGCCGGUGACAAUGGCGCCGACUUCUGGCACACCGCCGCACUCGAACGAUUCAACGUACCGAAGGUACGCUUCAGCGACGGACCGAAUGGGAUCCGAGGGACGCGCUUCUUCGGUGGCGUGUCGGCGGCGUGUAUACCUUGCGGCACUGCGCUGGGGGCGACGUGGGACAGGGACCUGCUCUUCGACGCCGGCAAGCUUUUGGGGAGCGAAUGCAUCGCCAAGGGCGCCCACUGCUGGCUGGGCCCGACGAUCAACAUCCAACGGUCGCCGUUGGGAGGGCGAGGGUUCGAGUCGUACUCGGAAGAUCCUCACCUGUCGGGCACGCUGGCGGCGAGCAUCGUGCGCGGCUGCGAGAGCACCGGGGUCCAGGCAUCCCCGAAACACUUUGUCGCCAACGACCAGGAGCACGAACGAAGGGCCGUCGACACCCUCAUCACCCCGCGGGCCCUGCGUGAGGUCUACCUCCGUCCCUUCCAGAUCGUGGCCCGCGACGCCCGCCCGGGUGUACUCAUGACCUCGUACAACAAGAUCAACGGCGUGCACGUGGCUCACGACCCUCGCUUCAUCACGGGGAUCGUCAGGGAGGAAUGGAAGUGGGACCCCCUGGUCGUCAGCGACUGGCACGGAACCUUCUCCACGACCGAGGCCGUCAACGCCGGCUUGGACCUCGAAAUGCCCGGGCCGCCCAAGAUGCGCGGCCGGCUGGGCGACUUUGUCCAGAGUUCGCGACUCAUCAAGCAGUCUGUGUUGGACGAGCGGGCAAGACGCGUGUUGGCAUUUGUGAAGCGGGCGACCACAGACGUACCUCGAGUGGCGGUGACAGGCGCGGAGCCACAGACAGAAGGACAGCAAGGGGUGGUUCGCAACACUCCUCUAGACCGAGCUCUGAACCGAGACCUUUGCAGAAAAUCCAUCGUGGUGUUGAAGAACGACUCUGGACUCCUCCCGCUCCCGAGCACAGCAAAGACGAAGAAGGUCGCCGUGUUGGGAUCGCACAUGAAACUGCCCGUCGUGUCUGGAGGGGGCAGUGCGGUCCUUCAACCGUAUUACACCGUGACGCCUUGGGAGGCGUUGAGUGCGAGGUACGCCGCGGCGGGCGUCGAGGUGACGCAUGAAGUCGGCAUGCCAGCGUACAAGAUGCUACCCAUCCUGGACAAGCUCAUCCGACGACCCGACGACAACGACGAAGACGACGGUAACAACCGCCCUGGCGGCGGGGUCAUGUACUUUUACAACUCUCCUCCAUCAACUCCCGACCGAGUCUGCGUGGCCGUGGAACGCUUUCAGACCGCUUACUGUCAACUCAUGGACUACAAGCACCCGGGACUCAACUUUGACCUUUUUUACAUCACGGCCAAGACCGUCUUCACCCCCGACGAGUCCGGGGAGUGGGACUUUGGUCUGUCGGUCUACGGCACGGCCGAUGUCUACGUCGGCGGGGAGUUGGUGAUUGACGAGUCGGGACGGCGCGAGGAACGGCAGGGGGCCGGAGGGGCCUUUUUCGGAAAGGGCACCCCCGAGAGGCGAGGCACGAAGACACUCGAGGGCGGAAAGGGUUACGAGGUGACGGUCGAGUUUGCCAGCUCGGCGACGUCGACGAGUCCUCAGGUCGGCGUGACGACGUUUGGAGGCGGAGGGUUUCGCCUGGGAGCCGCACCGCACGUCGAGAGCCGAGAGGCCUCGAUCGGGCGAGCCUGCGACGUCGCCAGGGAAGCAGACUACGCCGUCCUGUGCACCGGAUUGAGUGAGGAGUGGGAGUGCGAAGGGGCCGACCGGGUCGGGUUCUGUCUCCCUCCGGGGAUCGACGACUUGGUGGCGAGGGUGCUGGCCGCUCAACCCAACACCGUCGUCGUCACCCAGUCCGGCACCCCCUUCGCGGCGCCUUGGGAACCCCGGGCCGGCACCCUCGUCCACGCCUGGUACGGCGGCAACGAGACGGGCAACGGCGUCGCCGACGUCCUGUUCGGGGAUUUCUGCCCCAGCGGCAAACUGCCCCUGAGUUGGCCCCGGGAGAUCCGUGACAACCCGGCCUUUUUGAACUGGGGUAGCACGGGGGGUAGGGUGUUGUACGGCGAGGACGUCUUUGUAGGUUACAAGUUUUAUGACGAACUUGAGAGGCUUCCCGUGUUCUCGUUCGGUCACGGGCUGUCGUACACCACCUUUGUCAUCGCUCCCGACACCACCACCACCUCGUCGGCCGUCUCGCGAGACUGGGUGUCCGUCACGGUCACAAACACAGGCAAGGUCACAGGCACGGAAACGGUACAGGUUUAUGUACACGCCAAGACGAGCCAGGUUCGUCGACCCAAACGUGAACUUCAAGGGUUCACAAAAGUCGUGGAUUUGGCGCCCGGAGAAUCGAGGACGGUCCAGGUCAAAAUCGACCAGUACGCCGCGGCCCUUUGGGACGAGGCCGAGGAGAAAUGGAUGUACGAAAAGGGUGAGUAUGAAGUGCUGGUGGGGAACAGUAGUCGCGUAGAGGACCUGGUGAGCGCAGGGAGUUUCCAUGUCGAAAAGACAACUUGGUGGCUUGGUCUGUAG